AGUUACUGUAUUUUUCACGGAAUAGAUAAAUAAGGUUGGAAUGGUAAUGUGGGCGGGGCGAGCGCGCCACAAUUAUGAUUCGAAAAUCAUAACUCGACCGAUUCAUUCAUUCACCGCGUUUGUUGCGCUUCGGGCUACUUCGUAGAACAGAGCUCUGCUUUAAAAUGCCGUGUUGUGCAAUUAUAACUUGUAAAACAAAAAGUCAAACCGCAAGUAUAGAGCGAGGAGGUAUAUCUUUCCAUCGGUUUCCUAAAGAGCCUAACGCCCGAGAACAAUGGAUUGACGUGACAGGUAGAGGAAACUGGAUGCCGACAAAGACGAGUACUAUUUGCUCUAAACAUUUUACUGGAAAUGAUUUUAUCAUUAAAAAAUCAGGUUAUAGGUACCUAAAACCAGGGACGAUCCCAAGAGAACAAAUUGUUCAGAUUUGUUCAAGUUCUUUGACAACUAAUUCUUGCAAUGCUAUAAUUAAUAAGCCCAGUUACGUUGCUAUUUCCGCCAGUGUGCAAAAUUGCGAAGGCACUCAGGAUUUACAAGCACAGGCUUCAUCUUCAACUUUGUUGACGUUGACACCAAAAAGAGAUAAAAAUUUAAAAAGAAAAUACACUGAAGAAAGCGUAAUGUCAUCUUCAAAUGCAAGCACUCCUAGGAAAAGAAAGCUACAAAAGAUAAUCGUCAACAAAGAAUGUUUAAUAAAGAAACAGAGGUUGAAGAUAAGAAGGAUACAGGCACAAAACCGAAGACUGAAAAAAAAAUUUAAUAAAAUGCAAGAUGUUUUAAAUGAUCUUCAAAAAAAUUUUCAUUGCAGGACGAAGAUAUAUCUGUUCUAAAAAAUUUAAAUGUUAAGGUGAUUCCUCUGCCCG